AUGGCGAUUCUGCUCCGGCGGUCCCGCCUUCUCUUUCUCAUCGCGGCCGUUAUUCUUUACUUCACCGGCCGGACGUUGCUAACAUUCAACGAAGAGACCUACUCCCUCGCCGGCGUACAAGUUCUUCGAUCGGGCAUUGACUGGGCCACCGUCCGUCAGGCGAACCCCGUAGACUCGAUCAGGUCCCUCCCGACCGGAGACCCUCACGACCUGCCUCGCGUGCAGCAUGUUUUCACGACCGGCGGUCCGACCGGUAUUUCGAAAGAUGAGCUCGAAGCGAGACGGGAAAAGGUGCGCGCUACCUUUUUGAGGGGGUGGAAGUCGUAUAGGAAGCUGGCAUGGAUGUCAGACGAGCUUGCUCCCGUGUCUGGGACGCCUAAGACCACCUUUGGAGGAUGGGCGGCUACAGCCGUGGACGCUCUCGAUACACUGUGGAUCAUGGGGCUCAACCACGAGUUCACGGAGGCUACUCAUGCGAUAGCAAGGAUCGACUGGUCGAAGACUCGCGAUUCUAGUCUAAACGUGUUCGAGACGACUAUCCGACAUCUCGGGGGCCUGCUGAGCGCCUAUGACCUGAGCUACCACCCUGCGCUACUAGCCAAGGCGAUAGAAUUGGGCGACAUGCUCUACAUGGCAUUUGACACACCGAAUCGCAUGCCUCCUUUCUGGCUAAAUUUCAACCAUGCGCUUAAGGGCUCGCAGACGGCUGGCGAAAGCGAAGCAUCUGCUGCAGUCGGCACUCUAUCGAUGGAAUUUACGAGGCUCUCUCAAAUUACGGGGAACGACAAGUACUUUGAUGCCAUCGAUAGGGUCAAGGACGUCUUGCAGAAGACGCAGAACCAGACCGUUCUGCCUGGAAUGUGGCCGAUUGAGAUCAAUUUCCGAAGUGAGAAAGCAACCAGUCGAUACUUCACGCUUGGCGGCCGUGCGGAUUCCCUUUACGAAUAUCUUCCAAAGAUGCACAUGCUUUUGGGUGGCUUGGACCCGGCGUACAAGGAAAUGGCGAUCGCAUCUCUGGAUACUGCGAAGGACAAUCUCCUCUUCCGACCGAUGGUGAGGAAUUCUCCUCCAGUUCUAUUCUCUGGUCGCGUUGUCGUUCCCUUCCGCAAUGAUUCGGAGCGGGACCUUACUGCCGAGGGCGAACACUUAACAUGCUUCACCGGCGGCAUGUUUAGUCUGGCUGGCAAGUUAUUCUCUCGAGAUGACUACCUCGAUUGCGGCGAGCAGCUCACUCGGGGAUGUGCGUGGGCGUACGAAAGCUUUCCCACCGGGCUGAUGCCGGAGCGCUUCCAGAUGAAGCCAUGCAAGACGAAGAAUCUUGGGCCAUGCGAGUUUGACGAUGAGAAGGAUACGGAAGAUGCCUUGGAUCGUGACGACAACCUGCCCGAGGGCUUCACGUGGGUCAAGGACUCUCGAUACAUACUACGGCCGGAGGCGAUUGAGAGCAUUUUUUACGCCUACCGCAUUACGGGAAAGGAGGAGUAUCUCGAUAUCGCGUGGAAGAUGUUCAAGGCGAUCGAAGCUGCUACCGAGACGCCGCUUGCGAACUCCGCCAUUGCGGAUGUCAAGGCAACCGGGACGACGAGGAAGCUUGACUCGAUGGAGAGUUUCUGGUUCUCGGAAACCCUCAAGUACUUUUACCUCAUCUUCUCCCCACCCGAUGUCAUCAGCCUGGACGAUUAUAUCUUCAACACUGAAGCUCAUCCAUUUAGGCGACCGAAGCCCGAGCUCAGGGUUCAGAGAGCUCGCAGUCUAAACACACCUCCAAAGGUGUCCGAGACCAUGGAACCUCCGUUCAACCUCUUCACAACACUCCGCUACGAUGUGAAGCUCGAAUCGCUCCACAACAACCCGGCCUUCACCCACGCCGGCUGGAACUACCGCCGCGCAUCGCCCUGCUACAUGCUCGACUUCCACCGCGACCGGAUGCUCCGCGCGUCUACGUACUGGCACUGGGACGCCGCGACGGCUACGCUCUCCGGCGACGCGGGACUCGCGCGGCUAGAGACGGUAAUUCUACAGGGCGUCACGGCCGAGGGCAAGGACGAGGAGCCGCUCCGCGUACGAGUCGUUGUGAACGAGGAAGGCGAUUUAAGUGUGGGGCUUGGCGCCGAGACAGAGAAGACGCUGGAGGAUUUGUACCCCUCCGGAUUAGCGGCGCCUGAGGAACUUGCGGGACGGACUCCGACGUACACGGUGGUGCUGGAUGAUGUGAGGACGGUCAAGUCGGAGUAUACGCAUUACAAGACGACGAGGAGGGAGAUGUAUAAUGGGGCGAGGGAGAGGGCGGGGAUUAAACUUGGGGAUCCGAAGGAGGUUUUGCUGGCGGCGGAGGAUGGGGCUGUCAUGGAGGGGAGUACGGUGACGCCGUAUUUCUGGAGGGGAGGGAGGUGGGUUACGCCGCCGGUUAGGGAGAGGUGGGGGUUGGAAGGGGAUAGUGGUGGGCAGGAUGGGACGACGAGGAGGUGGACUUUGGAGAGGGGAUAUGCUGUUGAGGAAGUAGUUCAGGCUAGUUCGAUCGUUGAUGGGGAGCUGGUAUGGUUGAGCAAUGGUGCGAAAGGCUUCAUCCUCGCAAAAUUCGACGCCAGAAAGAGCUCAUGA